GGGGCCAGAGGUGCGGCCCGCGGGCUAGGGGCGGGGCGGAGGGGGCCCGCAGCCCCGGGCGGGGGCUCGGCGCGGGCCCGCGAGAUGCCGGUGUCGGCGGCCCGAGAGGCUGCAGCUGCAGCGGCGGGGGAGGAGGCGGCAGAGGCGGCGGCUGUGCCCGGGAGGGGGGCGGCGUGGGGGGCCGGCGCGUAGCCGGGACCAUGGAGGGGCAGAGUGGCCGCUGCAAGAUCGUAGUGGUGGGGGACGCGGAGUGCGGCAAGACAGCGCUGCUGCAGGUGUUCGCCAAGGACGCCUACCCCGGGAGUUAUGUCCCCACGGUGUUUGAGAACUACACUGCCAGCUUCGAGAUCGACAAGCGCCGCAUUGAGCUCAACAUGUGGGAUACUUCAGGUUCCUCUUACUAUGACAAUGUCCGGCCUCUGGCCUACCCAGAUUCUGAUGCCGUGCUCAUCUCCCUGCGUGGCCCAGUUGGGCCUUUCUCCCCGAGUCCCAGUUCCCAUCUGGUGGAGAAGGAGGCUGUUUGCAGGAACCAGGCAUCUCUGAAGCAAGAUGCAGAGGCCUCCAACUCAGUUUAA